CUGCGAUGUUUAGUGCAACUGCUAAAAUGUCUCUGGAGGCGAGUGAUGUUCAAACAGAUGAAGACUGCGAGGAGCUGGUUGAGGAUGGCUUCUCUUUCUCUGCUGAUAUUUUGGAAAAGAGAACAAGGAGGAAAAGAUCUUCUGGGAAGCCUCCUUCUUCUCCAAGGUCUCCAUACCUCUCCAGCCUGAAUGUGAACCCCAGAAGAGCAGCAGUGGCGGCCUGGAGACUACCGAGGGCGUCCUUGGGGGACGCCAGAGGGGAAAAUACUGGGGAGAGUGGCUCAGCUCGUCUCACAUCCCUCAGCAACGGCCAUGAUCUUUCCCAGAUGCUGAGAUCAGAGUGUGAUGUGACACCGGAGUUUCUCAAACAGACCCUGAGCAUGAGGAAACACAAACAUCUGCACUCUGCAUCUAAUGGCUUCACCUUCAGCACAGGCGACCACAGAGAGAAGGAAGACAUGUAUGAUGAGAUUAUUCGCCUCAAGAAGAGUCUCCAGGCGCAGAAGUCUGACAAUCAGCAAAUGAAAGUGAAACUACGCCGCCUGGAGGAAGAUAACGCUAAAAGAGAAAAACAGAUAGAAGAACUGUUGGAUCCCUCUAAAGGAUCUGACUACACUCGUAGUUUGGUGGAUAAGAAAAAAGAAGGGAGCGUGGUUCUCAACGGGCUGAAGCAGAGGAUCCUGAAGUUGGAGCAGCAGUGUAGAGAGAAAGAAAAUGCCCUGAGUAAACUGCAAAGUGAGCUGAGAACUACCAACUUGGAGGAGCUAAAGAUCACAGUGGAAACCUACUCUGAAGAGAUCCAGAGACUGAGGGUGCUACUAGAAGCUGCAGAGAAAAGUAGUCGAGCAGAGAGUAAAUGCUCCCAGAGGCAGCAGAAAGCUUUAAGCUCCAUGGUUCAUCGUCUGUCUGAGAACCUGAAGCAGCUUCAGCAGGAGAACACAACACUCAGAGAGGAACUCAACACUGACAGUCCUGCUGGAGGGAUCAAAGGUUACAGAGACUGGAGUAAACAGAGACUGUUGCGCAGGUUGCUGGAAGUGGAGAAGAGGCCGGAGGACAGCAGAAGACAUACCCAGUCAGCGAAAAGCAGCAGCCGAUUGGAUCAGGAGGUCCAGGCCACACCCACUGAGAUUCUGAGGUUUACCAUGGCAACAGAGGCAGUGGUCUCCGUGGGAACAAUCACUGAAGAAGGGGAGGAGGAUUCAGAUCUGAGAGAACGCGUCAGCCAAUUGGAGAAGGAGAGGGUGGAGCUUCAAGAGAUGCUGUCAAGUAAAGAUGAUGAAUUGAGACAGUUGAGGACAGAAAGAGAGGAACUGGAGAAAGAGACAGAACGAUGGAAAGCUGAACAAACGAGUGAACGGGACAAUGAAAAACAGCAGCAUAAACAGGAGUUGGAGCAAUUGUGGGUGAGGAUCCGAAGUCUGGAGGACGACAAAAUCAAACCUGCACUAGCUGAGCUCUCCUCUCCUUCUGCCACAACAGCAGGGGACCAUGAGGACAGUCUGGGCAGAUCAGGUCAGACGGAGACAGAGGAAAGGGACGAUGGCAGUACAGAGAAGGAAGGGGACAGAGGUGAAGAUUUGGAUAGAAAUGUAGAGGAGAAGGGGAGUGAGAAAAGACAACAUAAAGAAAGAGAGAAAGCAGCAAGGAUCAUCCAGACAAACUGGAGGGAGCAUAGAAACAGGGACAUUGUGAUGUUGCAGUCAGCAUUAAGAGGCCAUCUCCUCAGAGAGGCGCAGCUCAAGGACCUGCUGAAAGACACGCACAUUAAGGCUGUAGAAGCAGCAAACCACAGUGAUGUAGCUUCCUCUGUAGGUGGAGAGAUGGAUGCGGUUGCCUUGACGAUGAUACAGUCUGCUUUCAGGGGACACCUGGCUCGCUGUAGUCUUGCAAUAGAGAGCUCAGGGUUCUCUGUGCCUUCUCCAAUGGGAAACAGUUUGCCCACGCCGGUACCAAGAAGAGCUCGCUCAACACCCAGCAGAACAGGUGCUGCAUCCCUGCAUAACGACAAAAAAAAACUGGGUGAUGAAGAAGACCUGUGGCCUGUCUCCAGCAGUCAUGCCUCCAGAAUGACACCCACAACAGACCAGACAGAGCUCCAUUGCACAGCUGAGACUGGAGGAGCUGCUGCAGUGGAUUCUGAUGAUUCGGAUGAUAUCAUCGUGUCUCCCUCGCGUCCUCUGAGAAGCAGAGAAGUCUUAAUCUUAUAGACCUCCUGAGUUGUGUGAGUUAGUGUGUUGUGUGUGUGUGAGUGUGUGUGUGUGAGUGUGAGUGUGAGAGAGAGAGAGAGACAAAGUGUAGGCAGGAAGAAUUUCUGCUGUGUUCUUACUCAGAGCCUAAAUGUCAGAGGUUUAAAUGGCCGUUUUUGUCAGGGUUCCUAUUGAACAUGCAAAUGAUAGCUGGGAUAUUCCAAUAUUAUUCAAGAUGAUAGUGGAACAUACACAAUAUUUGCCUAUUUUGUCAUCUUUAAGAGCUUCUCCAACAGUAAUAACCAGCAUAUUCUGGGAAGUCAGGUACAGGAUCUUUUAUGACAUGGAAAUACAUGGCACAUCAACACCUCACUUUCAUCAUGCUCUUAUUCAGGAUACUGUCACAAUAGAGUCUUGACUGACUAAUCACCCAGUUUAGUGUUUAAAUGCUUGGACCAGAGGUUUAGGGAUUUAUCGUCAAAGUGGAGGAAAAAGCACUAAUGUGAACAGGAAAUGAAGCACCCUAUUCAUUUUGAUCUGUUAUUCUUGUGGUUUAUCAUUUGAGCCAGAUAUUCUCAGUGGUUUGCCAAAGUGCCUCCUGCAUGGAUAUUCAGAUUUAAAUUACAGAAGUAAAUGCUUUAAUUUCUGUUAAGAUGACUAGUCAAAGUGAGGCAGAUCACUGUAAAGUCCUCUGCAUUUGACAGGCUUGAAAUAAUUAAUCAAUUUUGACAUGCCAGAUGUGUAACACAUAAAUUUCCUUACACUAAUAUAUCAUGUUUGCUUAUUAAAUUAUGACUGAUUCCGAGGUAUGACUGAGGGAAUGAUGCACUCAACCGAUGCACUAUUGAGCGAAACUGUGAAUAAAUUAUAGAUAAGCCUGCUGCAAUACUCAACACACAGUCAGUACAACGGAGGAUACACAGGGAGUAUGUGUUAUGCCAAUGUUUGUUCUCUGAAAUAGACUAAUGAUAACCUGUAGGGAGGUCAACAAAAAAAGUGCAGGAGUGCAGUUUCCACAUGAUGUAUGUAACUUGA